AUGCGCGUCUUCCCGCUCUCCAACUGGACGGAGCUGGACAUCUGGCGCUACAUAGCCGAGGAGAACAUCGACCUGCCGGAAAUCUACUACGGUCACCAGCGCGAGCAUGGACCUCUCCGCAUCGCCACCGCCGGAUCCGUGGACGACGGCAAGAGCACGCUCAUCGGUCGUCUGCUGUAUGACUCGAAGGCCCUCGACGACGACGUACUCGCCGCCGUCGAGGAUGCCAGCCGGCGCCAACACGGCGACUACGUGAACCUCGCUCUCGUCACGGACGGCCUCCGCGCCGAACGGGAGCAGGGCGUCACGAUCGACGUUGCCUACCGCUACUUCUCCACUCCAACGCGCAAAUUCAUUCUGGCAGACACGCCAGGGCACGUGCAGUACACGCGCAACAUGGUCACCGGGGCGUCCACCGCCGAGGCGGUGCUCAUCAUGAUUGAUGCGCGCAACGGCGUUGUGGAGCAAUCACGCCGCCACGCCGUAAUCGCCUCGUUGUUGGGCAUCGAUCGCAUCGUCGUUUGCGUCAACAAGAUGGACCUCGUUGGCUAUGAGGAGCGGGCCUACGAAGCAGUCCGUUCCAAAUUCACUCCACUUGUGGCGCGGCUCGAUGUGGACGAUGCGACCUUCAUCCCCAUGUCGGCGCUCAACGGCGACAACGUGGUCGAGCCGUCGGCGAACAUGCCCUUGGAGUACCACGACUACCGUGGCUAUGCGGGGAGCGUCGCGUCGGGUGUCCUGCGCGUGGGCCAGCGAGUGCGCAUCGUGCCCUCCGGCGUGGAGAGCGUCAUCACGACCAUCGAAGCGCCUUGGGGCGCCGUGGAGGAGGCGCGCGCUCCCGACGCCGUGACCGUCCAGAUUGCCGACGACCUCGACGUUACUCGCGGGGAGAUGAUCUGUGGAGCGGACGACUGGCCGGCGAUGGCCCAGGAUCUCGAUGCAGUCGUUUGCUGGAUGGACGAGCGCACCGCGCUUCGUGCCGGUAAUGUGUACCGUAUCAAGCACACCACGCGAUCGGCGAAGGCAGUGGUCACCGACCUCGUGUCGUUGUUCAGCAUCACGUCGCUCACCGGCGAAACGGAUUCUGAUUUGCUGUGGCUAAACGAGAUCGGCCACGUCAAGCUCAGGGUCAGCGCACCGCUGGCGGUCGACGACUACACCAGCAACCGCGUCACCGGCAGUUUCAUCCUCAUCGACGAAGGAACCAACGCCACCGUCGCUGCGGGAAUGAUUGGCGAGCCUGGAUUCGCGUUCUCCGUUCCCACGGGACACCGCUAG